AAUAUAAAACAUUAUAGGCAUUUAAUUUAAUACAAGAAAAUUCGAGUAAGAAAUUUCAAGAAAUGCGUGUUAUGCAAGUUCCGUUGAAAAUUCUUAUGGUGGCAGGAUGUUGGCCACCAGUUUCCUGGUCCUCGCUGUGCAAACAAAUAGCAUACAACACCUAUACAAUUCUCGUAAGUUUACUACUGCUCACCUUUAUGGUGCCACAAUUCGUGGAUGUCAUCAUACAUAUCAAAAAUCCCGACGAUUUCACGGAUACUCUUUACCUAAUGCUGGCUAUGGUGAUGGCUUGUGCCAAGAUGCUCAGUCUGCUAAUAAAUCGCAAAAACAUCGAGAUAUUAACCAAUGCGUUAAUGGAGAAACCAUUUAGGCCACUGGAAUCGGAUGAGAUCGAAAUUCGACAGAAAUUCGACAACAUCAUACAGACCAAUACUAUACUGUAUGCUAUCAUGAUCGAGACGACAUGUACGUGCAUGAAUAUAUCGUCCUUUUUUACGGACUUCCGGAGAGGAAAUUUAGCAUACAGGGAGUGGAUACCAUAUGAGUAUUCAUCCGGCAUAAUGUUUUAUAUUAUUUACUUUCGUCAAUUAAUAAGCCUGACGGCUGCAUCCGUCGUGAACGUUGCCUGUGACUGUCUGAUCUGCGGAUUGCUGCUGCAUAUUUAUUGCCAGAUUGAGAUCUUGCAGUGUCGGUUGAAGAAAUGCUUACGCGGUCGAGGCAAUUUGGGUGAAUGUGUACAUGAACACAACCAUAUCUAUAAAUUUGCAUACAUGGUAAACGAAAAAUUCAGGGUUAUAAUUGCCGUCCAGUUCACAGUGAGCAUGCUAGUGGUGUGCUCCAAUUUGUAUAAAAUGGCGAAGAUAACAUUGAGCGCGGAAUAUAUUCCACUAAUGCUAUACACAUUCUGUAUGGCUUUACAAAUUCUUAUUUAUUGUUGGUACGGGAACAAAGUAAGACUAAAGAGCAUUCAAUUAUCUGAUGAGAUUUUCGGAAUGGACUGGGUAAAGCUAGACAAAAAAAUGAAAGAGAAUCUUAUAAUGAUUAUGAAUCGUUCUCUGAGGCCAAUCGAAUUUUCUAGCAUACAUAUUGUUACAGUGAAUCUAGACUCUUUUGUAAAGUUGCUUAAGACAUCGUAUUCGGUGUAUAGUAUACUUCAGCAUAUGUAG